AAAUCGUUGUGCCCAUUUCUUCAUUCCUUCUCGUUAUAUACACAACCCUCUUUGUUCCCUCUUUCACUAAGAAACAAUAUCUCUAUUUGCCCGACUACACCCAUCAUUUAGAACCAUGUCUUUCUCUACCAAAUUGCCUUUGGUUCUUCUAUUUUCUUCCCUUUUCAUCCAUGCAUCUUUUGCUGAGAUGGUCUGUGAGGACUUGCCAAAGGAAGUGUGUGCUUUCUCAGUAGCAUCAUCAGGGAAGAGAUGUUUGUUGGAGACGGAGAAGGCGGCGGACGGCGGCGUCGAGUACCAAUGCCGGACAUCGGAAGUGGUGGUGGAGAGGAUGGCAGAGUACAUUGAGACUGAUCAAUGUGUUGAGGCAUGUGGAGUUGAUAGGAACUCUGUUGGAAUCUCUUCUGAUGCCUUCUUUGAGCCACAAUUCACUGCCAAGCUUUGCUCCUCUGCUUGCUACCAAAAGUGUACCAACAUUGUUGACCUUUUCUUCAAUUUGGCUGCUGGAGAGGGGGUGUAUUUGCCAAAACUUUGUGAGAAGCAAAAGAGCAACCCUCGACGUGCCAUGGUUGAGCUUGUGAGCUCUGGAGCUGCCCCUGGCCCUGUUUCUGAUGUGUCAGAGGACAUUGUGUCAGCACCUGCCCCUUCUCCCCUGUAAUCUUGCUCCCAUCAAAUUUCACUUUCCUUUGCAGAGAUGGUGUAAAUUGAUCGAGCCUUUAUUAUCAUUAUUAUAUAAUUACUAUGUUAGAGAAUAGAGGGAAAUAUGUUCAUUUUUAUGGGUUGGAUUCAUAUUAAUGUAAUAAUCAAUAUUGAGUUGGGCAUGGUGUUGAUAGGUUUGUGUUUUGUUGUUUUCCAAAUUUCUCAAAUUUUGGAACUGGAAUUGCUUCUGCUCAGUAGAAUUGCGUUUGAGAAGUAAUUUGAAUUGCGUGCGUGAUUAGAUUCACAAUUAAAUGAUUAUAUAUUUACAUUUAUUUUUCAACGUUGCAGUUGAAUUCAUCUUUAUAAAUUUCCCAACGUGAUUUUAAAAAAUAUGUGUUUCAAUAAGAAAGAUUAAACAUGUUGGUGCG